UGGGCGGUUCCAGGCUGGGGGCGGGUCUCAGGACGUCUAUAUAAAGGCUCGCACGACGCGCAGUCACACACAGAGCCGCUGUCUCCCAGCUAGAUUCUCAGGCUCCGCCCAUCUGACUGGUAAAAUCGGGACUCUCGGGGGCGUGUCUGCCCGGAGUAGGGAGUGGCCUCAGCAAGCCCCACCCCUCCGGAUCUGCUAAUCUGGUGUGUGGCCCCCAGGGAUGUCUGACACGUAGCCCGGACCCCCAGCACGUUGUCCCCCGAUGCACCCAUGCAGGUGGUGGUAGAGAUGGCGUCCUCCUCUGAGACCCUGCAGCAAGCCGCGGACGCCGGGAGCGAGGGCGAUGACAAGCUUCCGCUGGCUCCACCCCCUGCGCCACCUCCUAUUCCCCUGCAGCUGCCGGACCCCCUCCCCAGGGCUGCAUCAGAGGGGGUGGAGCAACACCCACCACGCUUUCCGCGCAACGGGUUCCAAGGCAAGAGGCGCAACAGUUUCCACGUGGGCUUCAAGCACCCGGCACCGGUCAAACGCCGGAGGCGGGUCAACUCUGACUGUGACCCUGUCUUACCCUCCAACUUCCUCCUAGGGGGUAACAUAUUUGACCCCCUCAACCUGAACAGCCUGCUGGACGAGGAUGUGAACCGCACUCUCAAUGCCGAGACUCCCAAAUCCUCCCCCCUCCCGUCCAGGAGUCGCGAUCCCGUGGAGAUCUUGAUACCCAAGGACAUCACUGACCCGUUAAGUCUUAAUACGGGUUUUGGCGACGUGGAGCUCCUGCUUUCCCCACUCAAGAGCGGGCGGAAGAGGCACCGACACCGCCAUCACCCUUCAACGGAUGGGCCCGCCAAGGCGCCCGCUGUUCCCACGCAAGAGCCGGUGCAAGAGGCGGAGCCAGUGCCAGAGGAGCUGCGGCCGUACGAGCUCAACACUGCCAUUAAUUGUCGGGACGAAGUCGUGCCAUUGCCCGCCUUGGAAAGUGAAAGGCUCGAUGGAUCAGCGGCGCCCACCAGUGGCGCGUGUGUGUCAAGGCACCGUAAGAGGAGGAGGACAUCCAGCAAAUCGGAAGGCAGACAAGGGAGCCCCGAGAAGGGUAAGAGCUUGGCAAGCGUGGUCAGUAGGCCGCACAGUGGACCAAUGGCCUCUAAACUGCAGUGUUCUGGAUUCCAGUCCGUUGGGAAGAGCAAGCCUAAAGACCGCUUCCAGUUUGGGAAUUACUGCCGUUAUUAUGGGUACCGUAACCCGACCCAGUCAGAGGACACGCGCCUAAGGGCAUUUCGGCCGGAAUGGUUUCGAGGAAAAGCGGUGCUGGACAUUGGCUGCAAUGUGGGACACCUGACUCUGUGCGUGGCCCAGAAACUCGGGCCUUCACGCAUAGUGGGAAUGGACAUUGAUGGGUCUCUAAUUCGUUCUGCCCGCCAAAACAUAAGACAUUACCUGUCGGAGCCCUUGAAACGUGGUUUCCCAGCAGCGUUAGCUGCCACGCGGGGCCCUAUAGCAGCACCGAGCCUGCCACCGGAGGUGGGAAAGGAGAACGAAGACGAGAGACACGCCUUCCCGCACAAUGUUGUCUUUGUACAGGGUAAUUAUGUGGUGGAUCGAGACGAGCUAGUGGAGGCGCAGAAACCAGAGUAUGAUGUCAUUCUGUGCCUCAGCGUCACCAAGUGGGUACAUCUGAACUGGGGUGACGAUGGGCUGAAGAGGUUGUUCAAGAGAAUCUACAGACACCUCACACCCGGGGGGAUCCUGGUCCUGGAGCCGCAGUCUUGGUCGUCGUAUGGCAAGAGGAAGAAGUUGACUGAAUCCAUCUAUAAGAAUUACUGUAAGAUUUCCCUGAAGCCAGACCAGUUCACCUCCUACCUUGUGUCUUCCGAAGUGGGCUUCUCCAGCUACGAGGUGCUGGCUGCUCCAUGCAGCUCGUCUAAAGGGUUCCAGAGAUCCAUCUAUGCUUUCCACAAGCCCGGCACCAGGGAGCAGUCGCCCGCCGCACACCACAGCUCCACCUCCAUGCAGGGUUAAGAGAAGAAUGGGAUUUUUUCUAAGCUCCUCUUUUUAUUUUUUAUUUUGGUGGGUGGGACAAAAAUAGUUUAUUUUUUAAGAAAAGUGCAUUUUUCUUGGGGUUUAAACCUUGCCUGUUUCAGGUACAUUUGCAAAAUAUAACCUUAUUUGAUGCUG